GCGGCAGGGGCGGAGCUGGUUGCUAGGAAGCGGGUUUCCACCAAUCACCUGCCCCGCAGUGGGCGGGGCGCGGCUCGCAGCGUCUGUGGUAACCCGGACUGCGAUGCAGGAAAAGGCCAGAGGCGGUGAGAGCUUUUGUGUUCAAAUAUAGGUGCCCAUUGGAAUUUAUUUUCAUCCACUUUUUUUUAAUGUAAGGAGGGAAAAUGACUGCUGGUUCAGUGUGUGUCCCUCAGAUCAUACCACUGCGAGUGCCUCAGCCUGGAAAAGCCAACCAUGAAAUUGAUAACAAUACACUUUUGGAAAUGAAAUCGGACACCCCAGAUGUCAACAUAUAUUAUACCCUGGAUGGCAGCAAACCUGAAUUUCUAAAGAGAAUUGGUUAUGGUGAAAAUAAUACAUUUAAGUAUACGAAGCCUAUUACUCUGCCUGAUGGAAAAAUACAAGUUAAAGCUAUUGCAGUCUCUAAAGACUGCCGACAGAGUGGCGUUGUAACAAAGGUGUUCCAGGUGGACUAUGAACCACCAAAUACAGUUUCUUCAGAAGACAAUAUUGGAAAUGUUCUCAAAGAUUCUUCAAAGCAGGAAUUGAAAAAUGGAUUUGUUGGGGCAAAACUAAGGAAGAAAUAUAAGAAUGCUGAAAAUAAACUGUGUUGGAAUGUUAACCUUAGCAAGUUUCCAGCGAGUCCACUGGAAACCCCAGCUUACCAUGAAGAAUCAGGUUCUAGACCACCUACCCACCAGUCCCAGUUCCCUGGUUUUGCAAACAUAACUGGCCAGAAGAGUUUGACAAGCACAGAGAUCAUGCGAAUUCAAAGGGAGACAGACUUUCUCAAGUGUGCCCACUGUCUUGCCCCUCGCCCAUCUGAUCCCUUUGCUCGCUUCUGUCAAGAAUGUGGCUCUCCUGUCCCACCCAUAUUUGGCUGUCGUCUUCCACCCCCAGAAGGAGCUCAGAUGGGCUUAUGUGCAGAAUGUGGAAGCAUGGUGCCCAUGAACACUCCCAUCUGUGUGGUGUGUGAGGCCCCUCUUACUCUACAGCUGCAGCCACAGGCCAGCCUCCGCUUGAAGGAGAAAGUAAUUUGCCGCACCUGUGGCACAGGGAAUCCUGCUCACCUGAAAUACUGUGUCACCUGUGAGGGAGCCCUGCCUUCAACACAAGAGUCCGCGUGCAGGGGAGAUAAAGCCCCUCCUCCGCGCACUCAGAAGGGGGAGACCAUUUCCUGCUCCAAAUGUGGGCGCCGGAAUCGCCGAGAAGCUUGCUUCUGUGACUGGUGUGGAGCCACGCCUGGCAUUCCUGCUCGCUUCUCUGUUUGCCCUAAAUGUGGGGCCAGCAAUCACCCAUCUGCCCGAUUCUGUGGCUCCUGUGGUGUUUGUGUCAAGUCCUUGGCAAGACUUAGUGUGGAUGACAGGCUAGCUCCAGCUGCUGGAGAACCUGGCCCUUUUGCUGAGCCCCAAUCUGCCUGGCAGUCGCUAAGUGUUUCUUGCCCCAAACCUGAUGCUGGGACUAAGAAGGCUGUAGGAACACAGACCACUGGCCUGUUCUACCCAUCUGGCAAACUGCUAGCCAAAAGGGAACUGGAAGUGGCUUCUCAGAAGCAGACGCAGGAGAAGAUGAGUGACCACAAACCUCUCCUUACAGCUGUCAGCCCAGGACGAGGAUACUGGAGAAAACAGUUGGAUCACAUCUCUGCUCACCUCAGGUCUUAUGCUCAGAACAACCCUGAAUUCCGGGCCUUGAUUGCAGAACCCAGGAUGGGAAAGCUUGUCUCUGCUACUGUCCAUGAAGAUGGCUAUGAAGUUAGCAUCAGGCUGAAUUAUAUUCAAGUAUCAAACAAAAACCUUUCCCUCAACAAGGCGGUGAAUUUCAGCGACCACUUUCUGAGCAGUGGUAAUGGGCUGUUCGGCAGCAGGUCCAGCUCGGUGAGUGACUACAGCCAUAGCACCUCAGACACCACUGAAAACAUCAAGAGGACAAAGAAUUUCAAGACCAAGAAAUUUCAAGAAAAGAAGGGGCAGCUUAUACCUGAAAACAGACUUCUGCUGAAGGAAGUGGGACCGACAGGGGAAGGAAGAGUCUCUGUGAUUGAACAGCUGCUUGAUGAAGGAGCAGAUGCCAACUGCAGCGAUGAUGAAGACCGACCUGUUAUAACCGUGGCUGUUGUGAACAAGCACCAUGAAGCGAUUCCAGUUCUCGUGCAGAGAGGAGCAGAUGUUGACCAGCAGUGGGGCCCGCUCCGAAAUACAGCUCUUCAUGAAGCAACUCUGCUUGGCCUGGCAGGGAGGGAGUGCGUCGCUGCUUUACUGCGAUGCAACGCAAGCAUCCGAAAGAAGAACGCAAGAGGCCAGACAGCGCACGACCUGGCUCUGGAAAUCGGGGACGACCUGAUCACCUCGCUCUUUGCUGCUAAGCUCAGCCUAGAUGACUGUUAGACCCCAGGGUCUCUGCGGGACUUCACUGGAAGAAACCAUCCGGCUCUGGCAGUUCUUUGUUUCUUUCUGAAAUGUGUGUUUGAGGUUUGGGAAUUGAAGUUGAGAGAAACUCAUAGAUUUUUUUUUUUAGUUAUAUGGCAGUGUAAGCCACCAACACCACAUGGGCAUUUCCCAAUAUGCCCUGGAUGGUGAUGAACUUAAUGUGUGGUUUUUAAUGGUUUAUUGCUGCUUAUUUUAGAAUUUUCUUUUAAAUUUAUUUUUCAAUAAAUAAUAAUUGCACAUGGUUCUAAGUUAAAAAGUAUAAAGUAUUAUGUAGUAAAAAAAAGCUUCCUCCCAUCCCUGUCCCACAGCCACCCACUUCCCCUCCUCAAAGGCAGCCAAUGAUACCAGUGUCAUCUAUGUCUUUCUAGAAAUAGUAUAGGAUUAUAUAAGCACGUGUAUUU